AAAACAAAAUUUGUCCUCUCAAUUUGGCAGAAAUAUGCUUUUGUUUCUGAAUCGUAUGUGCAACAUAGUGAAUUGAUGCAUUAUGGUGUGGUUUGAAAUUUUACUGGGUCCAUGGAUGAUGAUAUGAUUUGGCAUUUCAUAUUCUUUGGCAAGGUGUUAGGCUAAUAAAUUCGAAUUUACUGCUUCCAAGUUUUUAGACUACUGUACCAUCCAUCAUUCUGCAAUUAAAAGGAUUCGGUACUUAAUCUCGGUCUGGUUCCUCUGCCACUUGGGGAUGUCUCUGUGGAAAGGAAUACUGAAUUUUACUUCUUUGGAAAAGCAUCUUUUUCCACUCAUUUGUAAUUAUUAUUAUACAAUUAUUGUAAUUCAUCAUAUUACUAUAUAUAUAACUGCAGUAUCCAACAAGUUUGUGAGUCACUAAAGCUGGAAGGUCAUGUUAGCAAUUUAACAGAAGGGAAGUUUUUCAACAGUUUCUUGAAGAAGAUGGAGGUUUGCGGGUCAAUCAAAUCUGAAAGUAGUUUAAAGCACCGCCCUCUGACCCCUAUUAGGUUGUUAAGGGGUCUGAUAUGUUUAGUGGUGUUUCUGUCUACAGCUUUUAUGUGUUUAGUCUAUUUUACGCCGGUGGCAGUUGUAGGAUUGCGGCUUUUCAGCAUACGUUGUAGCAGGAAGACAGUGUCAUUCAUCUUUGGACUUUGGCUAUCUCUUUGGCCUUUUCUAUUCGAAAAGAUAAACAAAACUAAAGUUGUCUUUUCUGGAGACAGUAUUCCAAUGAAGGAACGUGUUUUACUAAUUGCAAAUCACAGAACUGAGGUUGAUUGGAUGUACUUGUGGGAUCUUGCACUUAGAAAGGGAAGACUGGGAUGCAUAAAAUACAUCCUUAAGAGCAGUCUGAUGAAACUACCUAUUUUUGGUUGGGGAUUUCACAUUCUGGAGUUCAUUGCAGUGGAGAGGAAGUGGGAGAUAGAUGAGCAAAUAUUGCACCAAAAGCUUUCAACCUUAAAGGAUCCUCAAGAUCCCUUAUGGCUAGCUAUUUUUCCUGAAGGAACCGAUUAUACUGAUAAGAAGAGUAAAAAUAGUCAAAAAUUUGCUGCUGAAGCUGGACUCCCUGUACUCACAAAUGUAUUACUUCCAAAAACAAAGGGGUUUCAUGCUUGCUUGAAAGCUCUACGAGACUCAUUGGAUGCAGUGUACGAUGUGACAAUUGCAUACAAGAAUCAGUGUCCUUCCUUUCUGGACAAUGUUUUUGGUAUUGACCCUUCAGAAGUGCACAUGCAUGUUCGGCGUAUUCCUGUGGAGAAGAUUCCGACCUCUGAAACCAACGCUGGUUCUUGGUUAAUGAAUACAUUCCAGAUCAAGGACCAACUGCUUUCAGAUUUUAAGAUUCAAGGCCAUUUCCCUAACCAACUAAAUGAGAAUGAGAUUUCUACAUUUAAGAGCUUACUUACUGUUACCUUGGUAGUUUCGGUUACUGUCAUGUUUAUUUAUUUUACAUUUUUCUCUCUCUUUUGGUUUAAACUGUAUGUAGGUCUAUCUUGUGCAUAUCUUGCUGUUGCAACGUGCUUCAAUUUUCAAUUGAUGCCUUUAUCUAACUAUGUUCAUGCACUCCAUAACAAGAAGACACAAAAGAGUGUAUAGUGCUCUCAAUUUUGUCAAUGUAUGAUCUUGGUCUUGAACUUCAAAUUGAAGUGCAAAUUAUUUGUUGGGUUUUUUCUUUCA